CGACAUCAAACACUGCGAUCGUCAGUCCUCAUUUUCCUUUUGACUGCCAUGUCCAACCUCAGCAUGGACGCCAUCAACGAUAUCGACAACUUGGACGAGCUUCGAGCGAUCCUCGAAGCGCACCGCCAAGAAUUGGAGCGGGUCGAGGCGCAGGUGGCCGUGGUGAACGCCGCCAAAAUCCCGCAGGCCGUCGUUCUCUUCAAUGACGCGGUCCUCGAGCGCACGUGCGCCGGCCUGCGCGACGCGCAUGGCACGAAAUGCUACAUGUACGCGACACUUGUGUGCUUGGCGCACACGGCGAGCUUCGUACGAGCGUUGUGCAACGAAGGCAAGCACUUGGUGACGAAGGACGUCGCCAAGCUCCUCCUCUCGAUCCGCGACGGAUCCAUCGAGUCGAUGUAUCGUUCACCGGUAUAUGGCGAGUCCAUCGUGUGGGACUUCCACAGAGGCGAGCAAGAAGACGCCCACGAUUACUAUUUGCAUCUGAUGAGACAGCUCUAUGGCAUCUCGGACGUGCCCAAGCGUUUGUUCAAGUGGAAGUGGGCCCAAGUGCAGACGUGCGCGGGCUGCUCAUUCGAGUCGAGGACGCUGCACAGUACGAUCAUGUUCAUCGCCGGUGAAUGCGACGGAGGAAUCGGCGGGAAGGACGACGGGAAGGCCGCCGCUACCACCAAGACAUCGGUCGUCGAGGCGAUCCAAGCGUACCUGCAUGAAGACGUCACCAAGCUGUGUGAAGACUGUGGCGUCCAGCAAAACCACAGCGUGGGCACCGAAUUUACCAACGAGCCCGACGUUCUCGUCGUCAAGAUCCAUCUGUUCAAUAUCAAGGUCGACGCCAAGGCCGGAACCUUUUCGUCGGAAAGAAUUGUGCCGACGGUCGAUUUUCAAGCCGGCGAUGACAUCCAGCUCGCGUCGUCCAAGUACCGACCCUCGGCGUUCUUGACGCACAUUGGCAGCAAGAUGUCGAGUGGUCACUACAAGGCGUACGUUCGGGGCCACAUGAACCAGUGGUUCGAAGUCAACAACCAUGUGGUCCGCAAGGUGAACAUCAAGAAAGUCGACACGACAGAGGCCUACCUCAUCUUUUUCGAGAAGACGCCAUGAAGUCUUAAUCUUAACCUGAAGUAAAACUAGGUAGUACUAUACUAGUAUAACGUGUCAAGAUGAUCAUGCACGACCUAUUUAGCG